CGACGUUGAAAGAAAAAUCAAUGAUGGAAACAAAAUGGCCGUUGUGCGACCAUUACUAAUUAUUGACUUGACUUUGUAUUCACUGUAGACUGUCGUACAAAUUAUUGGAAUAAGUAAAUUCCGUAUUUUAUGUGACAAACUAUUUAAUUUGACAAUAUGGCUUGGCCGAUGCCCACUGCAGGUCAAUGGGGCUCGGGUAUAGCGAUGACCCCUGAAAUAAAUAUGGCUAAUAUGGGUUCGUAUACAGCAGAGCAAUGGGCUGUAAUGCAGCAACAAAAUUGGCAGCAAUGGACGCAGUGGCAACAACAAUAUGCCCAAUGGCAUGGCCAGUAUGGAGACAAGUAUGUGGAGCAGAUGCAAGCUCUCCAUGCUAUGGGGGGAAUGCCUCCUCUACCGACGACGAGUGUUGCUCCACCGCCUGCACCGCCGCCACCUGAUCAGCCGCCUCCACCCCCACAUGAGAACAACCAACCACUUUUCGGAAACACUUCUAAGCCUGCACCUGUACCCGCUCCAGGGGCCAAUCAACAAAGAAAUAAUAAUUCUGGUAAUAAUGUUAAUAUUAAUGUACAUAAUCAAGCGAGCAAUAAUGCUAAUUGGACACAAGGUACAGAAUCAGCGCAAGCAGUACAAACUACAGUUAAUGCUGAUGCUUUGAAAAAAUUAGCUGAAGAAGAGAGACUUUUUGACAUUCAGUUUCAGAAAUGGGAAGAGGAAAUUGAGAAAUGGAAGAAAGAUAAUGUGAAUCACCCUGACAAACAGGCAUACAAAGAAUAUGAGCAAAAGUUUGAAUCGUGUCGAGCACAGCUCAUGGAACGCCGUCUACAGAUGAAACAAAAAAGAGCACGACUUAUGGGAACCAAUCCUCCCACUCAACCAGAUCCUCCAACACCAAGUACUACAGCUGCUAAAGUUGUUGCACCCACAGUGAAUGCUAAUUUAAACACUACAAAUAUUAACGCAUUUCCUUCUAAACAAGCACAAAAUUAUGGAAACAAUUUACAGAAUUAUGGUAACAACAACAUACAGAGUUAUAGUAGUAAUAAUAGUUCAAAUAAUUAUAGUAAUAAUUCUCAGAAUUAUGGCAAUAAUCCACAAAAUUAUGCCAAUAAUCAACAGAAUUAUAAUAAUAGUCAACAGAACUUUGGCAAUAAUCAACAGCAUUAUGGCAGUCAGCAACAGAGCUAUGGCAGUCAGCAAAUGAAUUAUCCUAAUACUCCUCAAAAUUAUGGAAAUAAUUCACAUAAGUAUAAUAAAAAUGCACAGAAUUAUGGUAAUAAUUUACAGAAUUACAAUGACAAGUCUUCCCAAAACUACUCCGAUAAAAAUGCUCAUUACCAAGAAGACCAAUAUAAGGGACCCAAAACUAAUAACAAUAUGGGUAAUAGUAAUAAAAAUAUUGACCCCCAGGACAGAUUUGAAUCCUAUCAAACUAUGGGAGAAUCUGAUUACCCAACAAAUACUAAUUUCUCCACUCCAGCUCCUACUUCUACUAGUACAAGCAGUUUUCUGCCUACUAGUGGAGACAAUAAAGGAAUUCCUGGUUUAGAUUUGGUACCAGAAAUGGACAAAUCACAUCCAACCAAUUCUAAUGAGGAAGUUAUAGAUAUUUCAAAUGAUACAUCCACCCCAAGCUCACAUCCAAAAGCACCAGAUUACACCACCAUUUCCAAAGGAAUUAAUAAUAUCCUCGGUGAUGAAAAAAUUAUGAAUAUUCUUUCAAUGGUUCGUGGGCAAACUACUCAAAGCCCUGCUACCACGGGUCCUCCGAAUGUAAAUCCUCCUAGUGGCCAGUACAACUCCAAUGUUCAGAACAGUGCACCCUUUGGCCAUGGCAAUAGAAAUCUGAGUAAUCAGAACUAUAAUAAUCAACAAUUUGAUAAUAAUAGACAGAAUAUGUCUUACAACCGGCCAGGGCAAAAUUAUUCAGGGCACCAUCAGGAUCAUUCUAAUUAUCCACCACCUAACAGAAUGCAUGAUGAGAUACCUCAAGAUCAAUAUGAUUAUGAUAAUGAUAGAAAUAUACAAUAUAGUGGGAAUGACAUGAGGCCUCCAUAUCAAAAUAAUGCACCACCUCGGGGUCAUGCACCCAUUCGGCCUAAUAUGCCUGCACCAAGGCCACCAUUACGCCCCUUAAUGUCAAAUUUGUCUGAUCACCCUAUGGGUAAUCAAGGGCUACCCGAGAGGAAGCCUUUACUUGAACACCCUGUUCCUAAGCCACCUGUUAGACCCCAGUGGAUAGAUGAACCUAUGUUUACACCAUCUCUGAUUGUGGAAUAUGAGCACAAGCCUCUUCGAUUAAAAGCUCGAGAUUUUAUAGAGCCUGUCCACACAUUUGAUUACAAUCAUAAAUCUAAAGAUGGAGAAGUCAGGAAGAAAGAUUUUGAAAAAGAAGUGGAUGAUUUGUUUCAAAAAAAAUCUAAGAGGCCAGACAUAGAAAAUGAUUAUGGCAGGGAAAGAUAUAGCCGUGAUCACUAUUCCAGAGAUUUUGAACGAAGAGCACCUAGGUAUGAAGUUGACUUACUAGAUGAGAUUCGCGCUAGAGGGCCACCUAGAAGUGAUUAUGAUGAUAGGAGAAGAGAUAGAUAUGACGACAGAAGGAGAGAUGAUCGGGACGACGACAGAAGGAGAGAUGAUCGCGACGACGAUAGAAGGAGAGAUGAUCGCGACGACGACAGAAGAAGAGAUGAUCGUGAUAAGUAUCUUCGGCGCGAGGAUUCCUUCAGAGAUAGGGAUAGAGAAUAUAGAGAUCGUGAUUUUGGCAGAGAAGGCAGAAGAGAAGAAGGUAGAUACCGCAGCCGAAGCCGUGAUAGAGAUUCGCGCAAAAGAGGAUUGAGUAAAGAAAGCGACAGUGGAAAGCACUAUUCUAAAAAACCAAAAGAUAAAGACGAGCCUCUACCAAGUGCAUCUUCAUCUAAACACAUUGUAAUGAUUGAUGAUUUAUUAGAAUCUCCUGGAAGGUCUAUGAGACCUGACAAAAUUGUCGUUAUUCUGAGAGGUCCCCCUGGAAGUGGCAAAUCAUACCUCGCUAAGUUAAUUAGAGAUAGAGAAGCAGAAUAUGGUGGUACAGUCAGAAUAAUGUCUAUUGAUGAUUAUUUUAUGCAAGAAGGAGAAGUUGAGGAAAAGGAUCCAUCCACUGGGAAAAUUAUUAAGAAACCAACCCUCAAAUAUGAAUAUGAUGCAAGCUAUGAAGAAUCAUAUCUAACUUCCUUGAAGAGGGCUUUUAAAAGAACAUUGACAGAUGGUUUUUUCACGUUUUUAAUCUAUGACGCAGUGAAUGAACAGUUAAGGUGUUAUGCUGAUAUAUGGAACUUUGCCCGACAGAAUGGUUUCCAAGUGUACAUUUGUACAAUGGAACUUGAUGCGCAAGUCUGUUAUAAGAGAAAUAUUCACAAUAGGACACUAGAGGAGAUAGAAGCGAUUAGUUCUCGAUUUUUCCCUACUCCGCUUCACCAUAUACAAUUGGAUCCUACCACAUUACUACAGAGUGCAGCCAUAACCGAAGUCCAGAUGGAAGAUGCUGAAGACGUUCAAAUUGUAAUGGAGGAUUCACAAGAAACUGAGGUCGAAAGCGUUUUUACAUCCAAGUGGGAGAAAAUGGACGACGCCGCGCAACUAGCUCGUCUCGACGGUACCAGCAAGCCCCUCCGGCCGUCGCAGCUUUCCAUGGAAGACUACUUACAACUAGACGACUGGACACCAAACAAAGUACAGCCAGGAAAGAAAUCUGUAAUUCUUUUGGUGGAAAGGGAAUAUCUUCUGAUAAGGUAAAAAGCAAUUAUGGGUAAGUGACAUUGCAUGUUAUACAAACAUCCAAUAACUUCAAGGAGAAACAAGGUAAAUAGAUGAUUUUUUUUAAUACAGUCAUACUCCUUGCUUUUAUCGUGUUGAAGUUCAGAUAGAUAUAAUUAUUACCUACAAGGCUAAAGAUUAUACCUUACUGACCAAUGACUAGUAUUGUAAUGUACCCAUAUGAUUCAAUGCAUGAAAUAUAUACACCUUAAUAAGUAAGAAAGUUUUAGAAGCAUUCGCCUGAUGGGAAAAUAUGGUUCCGCAAAUUUUUGAUCUCUUUAAUAGGUAUCAAAUACAGAAUUUCCCUAAUGGCCUAGUCUAAGGCUACUUAUAUUUACAUUAAAACAUUAUUAUACCUUCAAUGAGUCUCUGAAAUCUACAUGAUAAAAUAAAAACUUGGUCAAAUGGAAACCUCUAGGUAAGACACCCAAAAACCACUGUCCUAAACCUGCUUUAACUUGCUCCAAACUAGGUUAAACACGUGUGCUAACUGGGUAAGUAUAGUCUAGAAGUAAGAUUCGUAUGAAUUUAUUCAUUUACAAUGUGCGUGACACAAUAUUGAACAGAAACUAAAAUAAGACUGGAAAUAAAAAUCAACACCAGAUUAUUUAGUACGAAUUCAUUAAUGAAGAACAGAAAUAAAACACGCAUCUAUUCAAUAACACCGUUUCUGAAUUUCUCAAUACUAGUCAUCCACGUUAUGAUUUAUACACUUAUACCUAUAACAAACAAAAAUGAAUUUAAACACUUGGACUAAGUAUGUAUAGAUAAUCAACGUCUAGUACCCAAUAUUAAGCAUUUAUGUCAACGAUUUGAUUCCUAGCCGCGCUCUCUUUAAUGUUACAAGACUUCUACGAUCUUAGAUUUUUAUAAAGUGAUCGAUAGUUCCUGAAUUUUCUUACACAUUUCUUACUACAUGCAAUAAUUAAGAUAAAUACAACUCAUCUACAUGCAGUACAUAACUGCUAAAUGUAGGAAACUGAUAAGAGGCUGUUCAACCGAAUUUUGCUCAUUUAAUUUCUGACAUGUCGGAAAAGUCACUUAAAGAAUUUCUACAGGAAGUUACGGUCUAAUGUCUCUUUCUCAUCCAAUGGCUUUAUCAUUAUCACUUAUUUUUCCCAGUAAACUUGAUGUGUCUCGUGGAAACUGAAGCGAGUAACGCCUCGAUCCAAUGGGCUAGAUUCUUCUGCUUCUCACGCUUGUCUUAAGUGCUUAAUCACACUGCUAUCACUUAAUUACUUAGGCCUCUAGUCUGUUAUAUCCAAUCUAAUUUGCUUUCAAUGCAUGGUUUGUCUUACUUGACUCUUAUAACUAGAAUAACUACGCAGAGUAUAAACAAAGAGUGUUGUGUGCUUUUUACUUCAGUUUGAGAAUAAAUAUUGACAGCUAAUACCAGUUUUGUGGCCACAUUUUUGUGUGUAUUUGAACUUAUUUCACCCUCAAUUGAUACGCUAAGUUUUCUAGUAAUCCUCAGAUUUGAGUGUUGGUCCUUACUUGUAUAUCAAAUUGACCUAAGACACUCUUGUUAUCAUUUUCUUUUGCAUGAUUAAUUUCUAUAACUAACUACUGUUGGCUAUGAAACAGUAUUUUGUGUGGUCUUUAGAAUAAUGAGAAGAGAUGUGAUCGUAAUGUUAAGAUCGGUUUUGUUUUAUCAAAACUGUGCCAUACUGCCUUGCAUACUCCCUGUUGGUUGUCAAAGACAAUGUAUUAAUAUUAUAAUUUUUCCAGGUAUUCGUUCGUGCAUCAUGUAUAUUUUCCUGAAUAUGUUUUGUAAGUUAUUGCUUUGCUUGUUGCUUUUCUCUUUUACACACAAUCUUUUGUGCUUUUUAAACCUUUUUCUAGAAAAUAUUUGUUUAAUUACGUUUAAAGUUUAAACACGUAGUUUUGCCAUAACAUCCGUUCGCUACGGUGCAUUUGAUCUGAAUCUAUGGCGGUCCGUUUGUGGGGUAGUGGGACAGCUUGCUUGUGUGUUGCUUGUUUAUUUUUACUCUCAGCAAUAAAUGAUUCUUCAAUA